AUGGAUGACACAAGGCAAGCGGAGAAGUCCCACAAGAGUCCCAAACAUGAGAUGGAUAUAGUUGAUGUGGAAAAGGACACUGAGGUGGACGACCCCUGGGCCCUUCCUGACACCAUAGACACAGGCAAACAAUGGAACGAAAUGACGGGCCAGGAGAAGCUGAAGCGAGUUGUUAUCAACAUCCUGAAAGUGGUGCUGCUACUCGGGCUCCUCUACAUGUUCAUCUGCUCCCUGGAUUUCCUCAGCUCUGCAUUCCGACUUCUCGGAGGUAAAGCUGCGGGAGAGGCGCUCAGCGAUGUGGAGCUCCUGUCCAACCCAGUGGCCGGGUUGAUGGUCGGCGUCCUGGCAACCGUGCUAGUGCAGAGUUCUUCCACAUCCACGUCCAUCAUCGUCUCCAUGGUGUCUGCCGACAUGCUUCCUACUCGGCUGGCGAUCCCCAUCAUCAUGGGCACGAACAUCGGGACGACUAUUACCAACGUGCUCGUCUCCCUGGGGCAGAUCGGUGAUAGAGAUAGAUUCAGGCGCGCUUUUGGAGGCGCAACUCUGCAUGACAUGUUCAACUGGUUGACUGUGUUGGUGCUGCUACCGAUAGAGGUCGCCAGUGGUUAUUUGUACCGCCUGUCUGGAUUAAUGGUGCAGAACAUCAACGCUGAUCCGAAUGUGGAAAAUCCGGAUCUGCUUAAAGCCGUCACCAAACCGCUGACUGGGAAAAUUAUAGAGUUGGACAACGAUGUGAUUCGGGCCAUCGCCAGGGGAGAUAACACGACACACACCCUCAUCAAGUUCUGCUGUGAGAAAGGUGAACACCUGUUCUUAGAAACCAGUCUCUCAGAUACAGAGGUCGGCCUAAUCCUGUUGGCGAUGGCACUAGUUACGUUAUGCACGUGCCUCGUGCUGAUCGUGAAGAUCCUGCAGUCACUGCUCAAGGGGGCGAUCGCCAAGGUCAUCAGGAAGAUAGUGAAUGCUGACUUACCUGGUAUUCUACGUCCAAUCACCGGUUACGUUGUCAUGCUGGUCGGCGCUGGACUCACAUUCCUGGUUCAGAGUAGUUCUAUCUUCACUUCUACUCUUACCCCCCUCGUGGGAAUGGGCGUUAUUAAGGUGGACCGUGUAUUUCCCCUUGUACUCGGAGCUAAUAUUGGUACCACCUUUACCAGUAUCUUGGCAGCUUUGGCAUCAGAUAGCACAGGUUUCAGGAAUUCCCUUCAAGUGUCGUUCUGUCAUCUGCUGUUCAACAUUAGUGGUAUUUCGCUAUGGUACGGGAUCUGGCCUGCAAGACAAGUUCCCAUCCGUAUGGCAAAGAAACUGGGCUCCGUGACUGCCGAUUAUCGCUGGUUCCCGAUUUUCUACAUAUUUUUUGUAUUUCUUUUUAGCCCAAUGGCUGUGUUUGGACUUUCGUUGGCCGGUUGGGAAUACCUCGUUGGGUUUGGCGUCCCUGUCCUUAUUCUGGUCAUUUUCGUCAUUACUAUGAACCUCCUGCAGAGCAGCGAUCGCAUCAGACCACGACUUCCCCACCGUCUUCAGAGCUUUGAGAAUAUGGGUUUACCACUGUGUUUGCGCUCACUACAACCUUACGACAAAGCGGUCACGAAAUUGCAGGUAUUGUGUAGUUGCUGUAAAUGCUGCAAACUAAAGACCAAGGAGGAUGUUACUGAAGAUAAGGCAGAGAGGGUCAAUUAUGAUAACAAAGCUUUUGAGGGUGAAAGAUUGUAA